GCUCUUUAUGGCAGGUCUCAGAAGAGGGGGAGCAGCAGCGCGCGAGCGCGCCGUCGUUUUCAGGGACGGGGUACAGCUGGGAAAAACACAUACGCACGCACACACCUCUGUCUCUCUCACACACGCACAUAAGGCGAAAACAAAAGCGACUCGAAAGGAGACAAGACGCUACUGAUGCUGGCACCACGGAGCAAGAGAGCGUGAGCAUGCGGCGCGGAGCAGGGGCUGCAGCAGACCUUUGAUUGUUUCUUGUAAACCCUGGAGCGCGAGGGAAUAAAAUGGAGUGGUAGGGGAUCCGAGGCGCGAGAGGCGCGUCCACCUGCUGCUACCGGGGAGGCGGUCCGGGCUCGCGAAAGAGGGGAGAUAUGGCUGGACAGUGGUGAUUAUGUUGGAGAGGGAGAUAUUCAGUUGAGAUUGAUGGAUGUUCUACAAGAGUCCCGAUUCCCGGGGGCAGAUCACAGCCCCUGCCCAAGAGAAAAUGAAGAACUUGACCCGUUAGCAGAUCUAAGGAGCUGUGAUGACAUUGAGCCUGCUGUGCUGUCCAUGCCCUCCCUCUGUGGUCAGAAUCAGACAACUGAAGGUCCUCUUAGCCCAGCCGAUCUGCAUGAUGGGUCAAUUUCCAACACCACCUCGCUAUCCUCUCUCUCUUCAUUCUCUUCGCCUUCCUCCCUCUCAUCUCUCUCUUCUGUGCCCUGUUCCAAAAUUGUUACGCCCUGGUCUGUACCACAGACCUGUGACCGGUCAUCACUCUCCAACAUAGACUCAAGGGGCGGAGACUGCCUUAGCUGUCUGAUCCCCAAAAACCAGACUGAACCAGCAUCUUGUGAGUCUGUGCUAAGCUUUGCCAGUAUAAACUUGCAAUGCCUAGGCCCCACCCCCAGCAACGGUCGCUAUGGUGACCAUGUUCUAUCUGAUCAGCUGCUCAGUGGCCCCACCCAGGCAGCUGAAACAAAUGAAGGGGCAGAGGAGUGUAGGUCAAUGCAGGAGAGUGAAUCAGAUGAGGAUCCUGCAUCCAGGAGCAUAUACGAAGGUCUUAGUGAGGAGGCACAGGACUGGAGCUGUCUAGAGACUCUCAUCAGUGAAAGCCGUAUGGAGCUGUUGGACUUAUGCUCACGCAGUGAACUUGCAGUCAAUCUGUUCUGUGAGGAGGAUGUGGAGAAUUACAUGUUUCAGGAGGAGGAGACCGAACUCGGUGGUGACGUCUGCUCACUCAAAAUACGCUAUGAAUCCUAUCAGGAUGGAGGACAGGAGAGGAGUGAGUCUGCCCUAAAGGAUGAACCUCAGCUAGGGUUCUUUCCAAGCUUACCUUGCAGUAGGAAGGAGGGGGCAAAAGAGAAACCAGACCAACCAGCUGAGAUUAAAGCAGAAGACCAUGUGACCCCAGAUAUUAGCCCAGACAGUAAAUUUAUUUUUGACCUUAGUAACUCUCCAGAUGAUUCUGGUGAAUUCAGCGAUGACAGCUCUUGCACAGGCUCCCCAGAUCACAGCCUUUCCCUCCGCCAUGGCUGCCUGUCCAGAGAAAACUCAAGUUCCUCCAGCCAGCUAAGCUACCGCCUUCGAGCCAAGAGGAAGGUGGCCUACAGAGAAGACUACCUGUAUGAUGUGGACUCAAUAGAAAGUGAGAGAAACAUAGAGAAACGUGAAAAACAGCCUGUUGGGCUCAAAAAAGAGCGUGAUGAUGACUGGUGCCCAAAGAAGAGGCGGCGGUCGAUUCGGAAAGAACCUCCUGUCAUUAUAAAAUACAUAAUCAUUAAUCGUUUUAAAGGCCAGAGACACAUGAGAGUGAGGCUGAGGCGGGUUGACCCAUCACCUGCUGUGGUCUGUCUGAAUACAAAUGCCCUGCUACACUAUGAGAAACUUGCACCACUGAAAGCCUACUGGCAGGAAAGAGAAAAGGAACAGCAGGAGAAGAAUAGAUUGACAGCUACAGAAAGAACCAAACGUCUUAAUGGCUGCAAAAGACCGCCAAACACUACACUCAAACGUAAGCACAGGAUGGCCAGACUCAGGAUUCAGCAGAUCCAUGCAGUAGAGAAUUCCCUCCCCAGACAAACUAUAGUAGUCCCUGUCAACAAUCAGUCAGAGGGGACUGAAUCAGUAAAAAGCACAGAGGAACCAAAAGAGGACAUUACCUUCAUUACACACACUGCCAGGGUUAAAAGCAGAACACAGGAGAGAGAGGAAAGGAGAAAGGCAGGUAAAACAGGGAAGAUAAAGAAAUUCAAAAGUGAAGCAAGGCUUAAGUUGAAAAAGCUAUUAGAGGCUGAGACACAGGAAGUCCCUGAAGCCUCUGAGAUUGAGCAGUGUAGCCCAUGUUUACCAGAAAACUUCAGUGACUCUCUGGAAGAUAAUGUUGUCACAAAUGAGACCUGCGGUAAUGAAUCUGAAAAAUGCACUUUGACCCCAACUGCUCCGGGGACUGAUGAAAAUGCAGAACUCCUCCCAGGGGGAUACCUGCAGACUCUUCUGGAAGCCGCUGAGUCAUCGAGCAGUGCUAAUAUCACCCAUUUCCAUCAGGGGCUGCAGAAUCCCACACUGCAGCCAAUCCAGAGCUGCGUUCUCUCUCCCCCCUCCGAAUCUGAGCUCCCCCACUCUCCUCCACCUAUGAACCAUGGGCCACAUCACACACACUAUACUGAGCCCAAUAUUACUGAACCAAACCAGCCCAUUUCAUGGCCAUCCCAACCACUUGUUGAACAGCUGCCAUUCUCCCCAGAUGUCCCAACCCAGUCACCUGUAAUGCCAUCAGGCUUUCCCACACCAUUGCCCAUGUUAGCAGGGGAUGGCACAACUGUAACAGGGUAUGGACAAGUGUCUUUAUCGGGAUGCAGGGUGUCAUAUGAAGAGUCUAAGCCUGAUGCUGAUUACGGAUUGAGUCCUCCUGUGUCUCAAAGUGAUAAUGGGGUGGGACGACUGGUUAGCUUUAACUCCCUGGGGUCACUAUCUGCCACUUCUAGCAACUACAGUUCACUCAGCCUGAGAGAGGGAGAAAGGGAUAGGGAGGAGGAAAUUGGUGAGAUCAACAAUGGCUUCCUACCGCAUUGCAGCCCACGGUUAGUCCUUCAGCAUAGUCUUGAGGAGGUUGCUCCACUUCGAGAGUCCACAGACCUCUUGGAUAUUUCCAACUUUACCCCUGAUAAAUUCCGCCAUUCAUCACUGUCUGAGAUGUCCCCACCAGACACACCCAAUUCUUCCCCACAGCUGCUGGGAAAUUGUGGGAAAGUUGGAGAAUUCUUAGAGGCAGGAGACACAAAUGUAAAGUGGAGCUGUGGAGCUGUCCCACAGCUUGAUCAGGAUAGAACAGGAAAUGCACAACUCCUUCAGAUACACUCUUUCAACACAGAGGAGGAAGAAUUGAGGGUUGGGGAACAAAAAGGUUCAACAAAGAAUAAUGGUAGAAAUGGACAAGGCACCAAAAAAAUCAAAACCACAAAAACAUUGAAAGGAGAGAAAGUAAAGCUACCAUGUCAGGGCUCUCGUUCUGUGCGUAAGAUAAAAGCUUUGCUGGAGGGAAAAGCAGUCAAAAGUCGGGGAGGGUCAGGAAGUGCCAUUUCAUCCCCCACCCUGUCACUUGGUUUGAUGGGACCUCAGGGGGAGUGGCAUAACACUGGAGGACUUCCCAAUGAUGACCAACGAGAAUUUCAGGAACCGUCAAACAUCCUGUCCAAUAUUGUGUCUGGCAUGGCUGAGGUACAGCGCUUCAUGAGGGCCUCAGUAGAACCUCUUUGGGGGCCUUGCCUGUCACCAGGUCAACAUGCCCUCCAGAGCCAGACACUUAAGAUUCUGGGUAGUGCCGCUGACCUUAAAAAACGGGGUGGUGCCUCAGGCGGAGGUAGAGGGAAAAAAGGAGCUGGGCGUGGUGGAAAAACGCUGCCUAAACUUCUCCCACCAGGCUUCUUUCCUCCCCUUGGACUGGACUGCCUCCCACUUCCACACCGUCCAGCCCACAAAAAAAUGUACCGUCACAAAAGCAGCGCUAAGUUUGCCCGUGAGGAACUCUUAGCAGGCAAAGGGAACAUAAAAGGAGUAGCAUUGACCGCUUUGGUAGAGAAACAGAGGUAAUAUUUUCUCUCUGCAAUGUGCCCCUUCUCUUUCUCCGUUCCCUUCGCUCGCUCCCCGCCAAAUCCUCGUAAAAUCCUUUCCACAUUUCUGAGCUGCAUGGCACCGACUUUACCCACAAUUCUUUGCCUGGCCCAACGGAUAGCAGGCACAUCCUGCAUGUCAGCCCAGCUAAACUACCUACUAGACUGACUGAAGUCUCACUGUCAUGGCUGCACCCUACUCACCAUUGCUGCUUUGUUGCAUUUUAAUCUGACAAAUAUUCAGUUGUUUAUUUAUGUUUUGUUUGUUUUUCAAGAAGAAAAAAAAAUGCCUUGAAAGUCUUUGGAUUCUGCUUUAGUAUGGUGUUCUAAAUAUCUAUUUUUUGUCUUUUUGUUUUCCAUUGCAGCUAUAACACUGUAAGUGUUAAAUCAGUGUCACAGCACCAUCGUUUAAACCGAGCCCAGCGCCCUGCUCUGUCUCUCAGCAAAUGGUUGCCUUCUGAUCAGGGGUCAAAGGUCAUGUGUAGUGUUAUGUGCUAAGAAUUGUUUUUCCCUUGUUAUUGUGCCAACCCCUCAGAAAAUUGGGCUUUGACAUUCUAAGAGAGGAAUUCUUGAACAAGAUGCUCUUGUUUUCUGAGGUUCUGAUAUUUACCGGUCUCAAAUUAGAUUUUGCAUUAUCGUUGUUUGUUUAUAAGUUGUGAAAGGUAGGUUCAUUCAUCUGUUCUCCAGUGUAUCUCCUCCUGCCAGUAUCAAAAUGCUGUUGUACACAAACAUAUGCACUAUUUACAAAACAAGAUUAUAUCAAACGUGUUGAAAUUAAUGUGCCAAACUAUGACUAAUUAAGUGUACAGACAUUUUUAUCUACAUAAAUAUUUGCUGUUUUAUAAUGUGGCAGUGAUUGGGGAGCUUUGUUCUUGGGAUGGGGGGUGGAGUUGUUAAUCUGAAAUUCACUCCUGUUGCAUCACAUCUGUACAAACAGAAAGCAGCUCAUUUCUACAAUCAAAAGGAAAAGGUUGUUGGUUUAUUUUCUGUAUUUUACACUCCUGGCUAGUUUAAGAUUAGAGGCAUGAAGUAAGAGAUGCAUGAAGAUAAUUGUGGAGAGGGAGUUUAAAACCCAUAAUAGCAUAGAAAGACAAUGGUAGCUUUUCAGUCUGAUUAAUUUCUGGAUGGUAAAAGAUCAUAACAAGGUACAAAUUGGUAAUUUCUGCUUAUAAGACAUUACAUAAUGCAUUCUAACUUGUUUACAUUCCCAAGCUUCUAGUUUAGCUCAGUAGCUCUCCUAUGUUCCUCUGAAUUUUAUGCCAUUAAAACCAGUUAAGAACAAGACCAAAUAUUUUUUGAAAGUUUUUCUAAUUUGUUGCUAGUGGUGUGCAUGCAUUUAAAAACAUGAUAUAAAUAUAUGUUGUGAAUGCUGAUCCCCUGUAUUAUUAAUUUCUCUGACUCUGGCCUGUUUUUCUUUCCUUAAUUUAAAACCAUAAUUUUUCUAUUGUUGUUGGAAUGUUAUUUGUCGUGUAUAAAAAUGGAAAAGAUGCCAACAUGGUUACCCACAUAUUCUGUUUACAUCAUUUCUGCAGGAUUUAAUUUUUUAUAAAUUUAUGACUCCCUGAAUCCCCUCUUUUGAGAAUAUCCCAGCAGGAAGGAGGUUUAUUUUGCUCUAGCGCUGACUGAGACAUUUCUGAGUUGGUGAACAGUACAUAAGUUAAGUAGGUAUUUUUACCUGCUAUCUGAUUCACAAGUGACGCAAGCAUUUAACCCCUCUGACAACCCCUUGAUUUUAAGAAAACAAAGAAGAGCUUUUUCCAGCCUCAUCUAGCAAAAUACAAGGAAAAUUAGAUUAUAAAAUCAUUUUAAAUUCAUGUUGUCCAAGAGAGUUUUUUUUUAUUUUUAUAUCCAUGCUGAGCGAAUGGAGAUGUAACAGUUGGUUCAGGUCCAUUGACUCAGGGAACCCAACUGCAUUCACAUCUCCCAUUCCCACAGCUGCCCAUCCCACCAAACAAAUUCAAGCCGCUCUCAGUGCUGCCCUCUGAUGUGCUGUUGCUAAACCUGCAGGAUAUCUGUGAUGUCAGUGCAGUGAGCUCUUGUUCACAUUUGGAGAACAGUUUAAAUCAUUAUAGCACACGUCCCCUGCACUAACUGAAGGUGUUUUUCAAAUGUUCUAAAACAGUGUAAUUCACCUAUAAGUGCAUCAUGGGAAAUUUAAACAAGCAUAUCAAAAACGUAAUUGUGCCCUAUUUAUGAAUGUAUUAUAUUUUCAUGUUGGACAUUUUCAUGAUUUAUUUGACAUUACUUGUAACUACUUUUUCUCAUUAUCAAGGAAAAAAGAAACUGUUUCUACUGCCUGGACAUUCUUUGCCAGGUUCAUUCAAUGAACUGUUGAUGUAGGAAAAAAAUUAUGACCUGUAUAUUUUUCAUUGUGCCAAUUUGUAACAUAUUUUCUAAGUGUAUAUUUUUCUUAGAAAGUGAUGUGAGGUCGUUCUUACUGUGGCUUCUGUUCUUUUUUCCCUUUUCAGCAAGUGAAAAGGUUGCUAAUUGCCAUGAUGUUUUCUUUUUCUCUUAUUUGUUUUUUGUUUGUUUGUUAAAAAAAAAAAACUAUUGUAAAGGAGAGACAAGGAGAGCAAGCUGUGACUCUUUGUUGAGAGUUUUUGUAAUUGGACCAAUCUUGUUGUAAGAGUGUUGUGCUCUAGUAAAAUAUAUAAUAAUUAAAAAAUAAACCAUGAAAACAGACAGUGGAACAAUUACACUAAUUUGUGAUCUCAUUGCGGUUUUCUAGUAUUUUGUUUUGUUGUAUCUGUCACAAAAGUUGAAAUAUUUGUGAUCAAGCCUGUAUGGUGACAAAUGUAAUAUUGGUAACUUGCUAAGUUUUGUAAUCAUGUUUAUGGAAUAAAUAUGAAU